UAUUAGAGGCGUGGAAUUGCUAUUGACCGAAAUUUGCCAACGCAGAGGGUGGCGUGAUUGUAUGUCCACCACCGCCGUCCUCCACCGCGGUUGAUUCUCUCCGCCGUUCUCCCGCGGAGACCCGCAAAACUCUUCUUCCUCUGAACUUUUCGACCAAUUUCAAUCUCCUCAAACCGUAUCUCUCAUCAAUUCAACGAUUCCAAGAAACCCCGACUCCAUCCUUGCCCAAUCCACAGUCGUCCAUGGCGAACGAACAAGUGCCUCCCUCUCCAUCGUCUUCCUCCUCCUCUGCUGCUGCUCCCUUGGGCAACUCCGUCAUCCCUAUAGUGAACAAGCUCCAGGACAUUUUUGCUCAGUUGGGCAGCGAAUCCACCAUUGAGCUCCCUCAGGUUGCUGUCGUCGGUAGUCAGAGCAGUGGCAAGUCGAGCGUACUGGAAGCCCUCGUCGGUCGUGACUUUCUGCCUAGGGGUUCCGAUAUCUGUACGCGGCGGCCAUUGGUGCUUCAGCUCUUGCAGACCAAGACUGGUGAGGAGUAUGGGGAGUUCUUGCACCUACCUGGGAAGAAAUUUCACGACUUCUCUGAAAUUCGGAGGGAAAUUCGUGCUGAGACUGAUCGGGAGGCUGGAGGAAAUAAAGGCGUCUCAGACAAGCAAAUUCGUUUGAAGAUCUUUUCACCUACUGUUCUCGAUAUAACUCUGGUUGAUCUUCCUGGUAUAACAAAAGUCCCAGUUGGGGAUCAACCUUCUGAUAUUGAAGCUCGCAUUAGGACAAUGAUUAUGUCCUACAUUAAAGUUCCAAGCUGUUUGAUUCUUGCCGUCACACCAGCAAAUUCUGAUUUAGCUAACUCAGAUGCUCUUCAGAUUGCUGGAAAUGCUGAUCCUGAUGGUAUUAGAACGAUUGGGAUAAUCACAAAGCUAGACAUAAUGGAUAGAGGCACUGAUGCACGUAACCUUUUGUAUGGAAAAGUGAUUCCCUUGCGACUUGGCUACUUUGGUGUUGUGAAUCGAAGUCAGGAGGAUAUUUUACUGAACCGGAGUAUCAAAGAUGCACUUAUAGCUGAGGAGAAAUUUUUUCGCAGCCAUCCAGUAUAUGAUGGUCUGGCUGAUCGUUGUGGUGUUCCUCAAUUGGCCAAGAAGCUGAACCAGAUUUUAGUGCAACAUAUCAAGGCAAUUCUACCUGGGUUAAAGUCACGCAUAAGCUCUGCACUAGUUUCAGCUGCCAAAGAGCAUGCCAGUUAUGGAGAUAUAACGGAGUCAAAGGCUGGUCAAGGUGCUCUACUUCUGAAUAUUUUAUCCAAAUAUUGUGAAGCAUUUGCAUCAAUGGUUGACGGGAAGAAUGGAGAAAUGUCAACAUCUGAGCUCUCAGGUGGUGCUCGUAUUCACUAUAUUUUCCAGUCAAUAUUCGUGAAGAGUUUAGAGGAAGUGGAUCCAUGUGAGAACUUAACUGAUGAUGACAUCCGAACUGCUAUCCAGAAUGCAACUGGCCCUAAAUCUGCUUUAUUUGUACCCGAAGUUCCUUUUGAAGUUCUUAUUCGCAAGCAAAUAGCUCGCUUACUAGAUCCAAGCCUCCAGUGUGCAAGGUUGAUAUAUGAGGAACUAGUUAAGAUUAGCCAUCAUUGCGUGGUAAAUGAACUACAGAGAUUUCCUGUUUUAAGAAAGCGCAUGGAUGAAGUUAUGGGCAAUUUUUUGCGAGAAGGUCUUGAACCCUCAGAGACUAUGAUUGGGCAUAUCAUCGAUGUGGAGAUGGACUACAUAAACACUUCACACCCGAAUUUUCUUGGUGGGAGCAAGGCUGUUGAGAUUGCAUUGCAACAAGUCAAAUCUUCUAGGGUUUCCCUGCCUAUCUCUAGACAGAAGGCUCGUCCAUUGGCAGAAGCUGAAAAAGUUACUUUGUCUGGAGGCACAGGGAGUUCUAAUUGGGGGAUUUCAUCUAUUUUUGGUAGUAAUAGUAGUGAUAACCGUACUUCUGUUAAAGAAAAUUCAUCAAAAAAACCAUUUGGAGAGCCUCUUCAUAAUGUUGAGCACUCUUUCUCAAUGAUCCAGUUGAGAGAGCCACCAACUGUUUUGAGGCCCUCAGAAACCCAUACGGAGCAGGAGGCUAUUGAAAUUGCUAUAACUAAACUGCUUUUGAGAUCCUAUUAUGAUAUUGUUAGAAAGAAUAUUGAGGACUUGGUACCUAAAACCAUCAUGCACUUCCUGGUAAACCAUUCAAAGCGCGUUCUGCACAAUGUAUUCAUUAAAAAACUUUACAGAGAGAACCUGUUUGAAGAGAUGUUGCAGGAGCCGGAUGAAGUGGCAAUGAAGAGAAAGCGUACAAGGGAAACUCUCCGUGUACUUCAACAGGCUUUUCGGACAUUGGAUGAAUUGCCUUUGGAGGCUGAAACAGUUGAAAAGGGAUACAACGUUGGUGCCGAUCCAACCGGAUUACCGAGGAUCCAUGGACUCCCAACAUCAUCAAUGUAUUCUACAUUCAGUUCCAGUGAUUCAUAUUCUGCUUCUCCAGGGCACCUGAAAUCCCGCAAGUCAUCUCAUUCAGGGGAGCAUUUGUCUCCAUUCCAUGCUAAUGCUGAGUUAAACGGAAGCGGAUUCUCGUAAACGCCUGGAAAUAUUAUGCGUCGACCAAUCUGUAAGACAUCUGAUUGUGCAUAAGAGUCCAGUCAUUACUGAAUGAACGCAAUAUAUUUGAUUUUGGAGUUGGGAAGCUAGCUCUUUUGACCAACUGCAAGAACAUACAAGAACAUUCAAGAACAUACAAGAUAAAAUAACUUUUUAUGUUAGAUUGCAUUGUUUAUGAGGGUGGUAUUAGAAUAAAUAGGGAGCAGAUGAAGUAGUAACUCCAUUUGGGAAGGCAGCUGGUUGUAAAAAUAUAUUGACAGUGAAAUUGUUCAGAUCUUGUUUGGAAUCAAUGGGCAAUUCUGCAGCUGCGUAGUGUUCAUCAAUUGUAAUUUUCCCCCUUUUUCCGAUUCACAUCAUAUCUUAUUGGGGGGUUCUAUAUGUUUGGACAUCACUUGUGGCUUUUCAGCCCAAACUUCUGUAAUUGCAAUUUUGAGGUAAUCUUGUGUAACUAAAUAAUGAGCUGUUUUCAAGCUCUGCUAUGCACUCGAGGAUUGUUUCCAAUCUUGCCAA